CGUUUUAUCACAAUCGGAAUAUUUUGUUUUUAGUGAGAUAAUUUGAAAAGGAGUUAAGAUAUUUAAAUAUCAACCAGUGUAAUUUGUGCGAUCAUGUGAAUCGUAAACAAGCACUACAAGUACGGGUGUUUAUUAUCGAACAUAAAACUAGGUCUCAUUUUAUAACUUUUCUCAUAUUUACAAAUUGGCAACGUGCUUUGUGUAUACCUUCCCACAGAAAGUGGUUACGGUUAUUUGAUAGCUUUUUUGAAAUACAUUAGAAGGUCGUCUGCAGUUUUCAUUAACAAACGGGAUACAUUUGGAACUUGCAAAUAUCUUCACUGUUGUCAUAGCCGCCGCUCCUAUUAUUUACAUCAAUCCCGUGAAUAUAUGAAGUUUGGUGUUAUUAAUGCUAAAUAGUAGUAUUAACAUUUACAUAUGUUAAUUGAAAGUCAGUUGCUUGUGAAUUGUGUGCGAAUUUAUCGCGGAAUCUAAUCUUGCUACAAGUAUCUUAUCGAAUAUUGCUCUAUUGGUGUUUAGUGUUGGAGAAUUUGACCAAAAACACAUGAACACUUGUGCACAUGGGAAAUUAUAUCAAAACUUGAAUGAUUGCGUACGCAUCUCUAUGAUAAUAUACUGUCUAGAACUGACGACUUACUAAGGCCGCUGAGUGGAGUCCAUCGAAGUCGAGUUGUGGGGAGAAGCCUCUGGUCAGAGAAGCUAAUUGCGCGCGCAUUUUAGGCUCUAUUAAGCAAGUGAUCUCAGUGCUGAACUGUUCAACAAUUUAUACUCUACGUUGGUAGUAGUAUCUGCAUACUUGCCCAGCUUGAAUCAGCCAUAUCAACGUAUGCUCGAGCAAAUCUUACAUAUAGCCUGAUAAUUUUCGUUAGAUGAUUGCUCCCAUAUCAAUCGACCCAGAGGAAAAACGACAACCAAUAAGUAUUUAGUACUUGUUGGUGGAACCUUAUUGCCGGUUGAAUACAUUCACGGGAGAAGAAGUUUUGUUAUCAUCGUUGUCGUCAUCAUCAGUGGCAAAUCGUUCUCGUGUUCGUGAAUAUAUAGAAUCUAGUGUCGGGGCUUUUAUUCGUCAAAAACAACGUCUUCGUUUAAACCAUAAAACAUUUUAUCAAUUCAGUUGUUUAAGUUUAUCCAAACAAGAUAGACGAACAUAAGGAAAUUUGCAAAUCGGGUCUUCGCAAAAUUUGUCAACCUAUAGUCGGUUGUUCAAGUUUUCAAGUCGUUAAAAUGUUGUUUCUACUAGAACUGGCGAAGCAAGGCUUCGUUAAAAAACUCCUAUACUGAAUUGAGAACAUUAGACUCAACCAAGUAACAAAGCGAGAGUUUUCCGCCAUUUACAACACGUCUACGGAGUUUUAUACGAGCUGUAGUGUUUUAGAUUGCUCGUGAAACAAAAAGCCGACCAAAAGUCCAACUCCAAGGAUACUAAACAAAUUUCUUGAAACCCAGCGUUCAACAGAUUGUUCACCACGUGUUGCAGAUAAAAAAAACUGUGCUAUCUUAUAUUGAAAUCAAAGAGCCUCUUUCGGAGUGGCGCGAACAAAAAACAUUUAACCGUGAAUCUAAAUCGUUUGAUUUACCAACAUUUCCCUUAUCUUCAAAGACAACUGAUGGAGAAAGAAACCAUUAUCAGCGAAAGUGAAUUUGUGGUUUUCAUGUUUAACAAAAUGCUGCUGAAAAUCGAAAAUACCUUAUUACGAAGCCACCGACAACGUGAAACAACUGGAAUUAAGAAACUGUACAAUUCAUUUUUUGUUUUAUUCUAAUCG